AAAUAAAAUGCGAGAAAAGAAAGUAGAUCGAUUUAUCUUCAAGAUGAGUGAUAUGGUUGGAUAAGGAUCUUAUGGAUAAGUAUUUGAUUUAUUAAUUUUUAGGUUUUUAAAGGUUUAGAUGAAAAAACAAAAGAAUUGGUGGCUAUUAAGAUGCUUUCAAAAUAAGUGAUUAAUGAAGAUGAUUAUUUGAGAGAGGGAUUGAUGAAUGAAAUAAAAAUUAUGAGAGAUUUAUAAGGUAACAAUGUUGUUAAAUUGAUUGAUGUGCUUGAGACAUCCAAUAAUUAUUAUAUAAUAUAAGAAUUUUGUAAUGGUGGGGAUUUAUAACAGUAAAACUAAAUUAAACUUAGUCUUUUAAAAAAAAAGAAGUUUUUACCUUAAAAAGAAGCUGUAUCAUUUUUUAUUGACGUUCUUUUGGGCAUGAUGGAAUUGGUUAAAAAGGGAAUAAUUCAUAGAGAUUUGAAACCAGCUAAUAUACUUAUCAAUAGGGAUAUUUAUAAAAUUGCUGGUAAAGAAUAAGAAUUGUUAUUUAGAUUUUGGAUUUUCCAAAGCUUUAGAUAACUUUUCGAAAUAGAUGAUAGUUUCUAAUGUUGGUACACCUCUCUAUUAGUCUCUCUAAUUAUUGAAGGCAUAGAAAUAUACAUCAAAAAGCGAUAUCUGGUCUUUAGGCUUCAUUUUUUAUGAGACUCUGUUUGGCUAGAGUAAUUCAAUCUAGAGAUAUGCUCCUAGCUCCAUGGACAGCCAGAUCAAUUCCUGAAUUAAUAAAGAAUAUUGUAUCGUAGCCAUUAAAAUUCCCACAGGAUAAAAAUGUUGAUCCUUUAAUUUUAGAUAUGAUUAAAGGUUGUUUAUAAAUAGAAGAAUAAAAUAGAUUAGGAUGGGAUUAAUUAUAUAGACAUCCUUGUUUUGGUUAAAGUUUUUCAUUUUAUACAAAUCAAACUAAAUAAUUAGAAGAUAAGGCUAUGUUUCUAGUAUAAGAUUUGAGAUUUAAAGUUAUGAAAGAUAAAAUUGAUUUAGAAAACGUAUUUCAUAAAUAUGAUAAAUCAGGAGACAAAUCACUUGAUAUGAAAGAGUAUCAUUUAUUAUUUUAUUAGAUUAACAUUUUUAUUACAUGAGAUAGAUCCUAAGUUAGAGAGAGAGGAGAUUGAAUAUAUUUUUAAUAAAAUAGAUUUAGAUGGUAGUAAUUCUAUUGAAUUGAAUGAAUUUAAAAAAUGGUUAGAAGAAAACUAAGUUUAAAUGUCAAUGAAAAACUUAUCUUAAAAAAAUAAUCUAACCAGAGAAGGAACUGAAUAAUUUAAAUAAUUUGUUCAAAGUGGAUAAGAAUUUGAAGGAUCCAAAAAUACAUAACCAAUAUCUCCAUAAAUUAUUUAAUAAUAAUAAUAAUAAUAAUAAUAGUAUUAAAGAUAAGCUACAAAUCCAUAAUAAUAAUCUUAUUAAAAAUAAACGUCAAAUUAAUAUUCACCAUAAUAAUAAUAAUAAUAUUAAUAAUAUACAUAAUAAUAUUAAUAGUAAUAUCCUCCUAAUCAACCAAUUUCUGGUUCCAAUUAAUAAAAUUAUCAUAUGUAAACUUAUCCUUAAAUGAACAAUUCCUAAUAAUAUAAUUAAGUUUAUCAAUAACCACCAGCUUAUGUACCAAAUAAUUCAAAUUAGACACCUCCAAAUUUAGCAUAAGAAAGAGCAAUGGUAACUAUAUAGAAAUUAGUUAUUGCAAUUGAGAAAUAUAAGAUCGAUAUUAAUGAACUAUUCAGAAAGUAUGAUAAAUCAGACUCUUAGACAUUAGAUGUGUAAGAGUUUGGAGUAAUGCUUAGGUAAUGCUAGUUUAUAAUAAAUCAUAUAGAAAAAUUGAUGGUUAAUUGACAGAUCAAGAUAUUAAACUGGCAUUUGGGGUUUUUGAUGUUGAUCAAAGCAAAGAAAUAACUUUCAAAGAAUUUCAAGAUGGAAUCCGUUUGCAUUUAAAUUAAUGGAAAUUUCAACACUAAUAGACUAAUUAAGGAUAUCCAUAUUAAAAAUAUUGA